ACAAGUGACGUGUAGCGUACAAUUAGACGGUCCUCACAAGCACUUUAUUUUGAACUAGGGACUUUUAAACUAGGCACCGAUUUCGUGUAGCGGGCUACACGUUUUCUCCUGCCGGGUAAAAACAGUUUAUUGAAUUGAACAAUAAUACUUUAAAAUGGAAGAUGUAUUAUUUGACUUGGAUCAAGAUGGCACUACAGACUUUGAUUUCUGGGGCCAAAUGGACCUUAACUUCCAGUUCCAGGCCCAGUUGGACAGUCUACUCGUUGACUGCACCACGGUCACUGGCCAGCUUUCACCAUGGUCCUCGUUCGGCGGCCAGUCCAUGUUCCCGGACGCGCAGCUGACCUUCACAGACCUGGACUCGCAGUCUCCCAGCCUUGGCGCUGGUGCUGAAGUGGACAGCUCCCCGGCGGACGAGCCCCACGAGAUGAGCAAGCGCAGGCCGCUGCGGUUUGUGCCCCAUCACCCGUACAAGAUCCAGCGACAUGCCGCUAAUAUCCGGGAGAGGAAGAGGAUGCUGAGUAUCAAUUCGGCGUUCGAAGAGCUGCGGUGCCACGUGCCCACCUUUCCUUACGAAAAGCGCCUGUCCAAGAUUGAUACCCUGAGACUCGCCAUUGCCUACAUUGCCCUCCUGAGGGAAAUAUUGAUAUCCGGCUGCGACCCCAAGUCAUAUUUGGAUGAAUGCAUGAAGAAUGGUUACAAGAAUCAAACCAAUGCAAUAUGGAACACAAGUGAUCUGACAGCCCGGCUCUCCUGGAUAAAGUGGGAUUAACUCAGGAUGGAGCGACCC